AAGGAAUUAAGUAAUGGCAACAAAGUAAUCGCUCUCUCUCUCUAAGCAACAAGCAAAAAACUCUCCUCUCUCUCUCUCGAUUUAAUUUACCCCCAUGAGAAGAGCUCUGCUCACAUAGAAGACACCGAGGUGAUGGCAGAUAGAUAGGGAGGAAGCUGCUUCGAGACGCUGUUAUGUUUUGGCUGAUACAGUGAAAAAUCUCAUCGGUAGUAUCUGGAUAUUGAGCUUACCGAAAUUUCUUGGACUUUCAUCGAUUGUUUUGUUAUAGAUAUUGAAAGUUGGCAGAUGUCUUCAUUUGCUCGACAUCAGAAUGGAGGUUGCGUUGAUGGCAUUUCUGUUAAGGAGUAUGACGACUCUGCUACAGCCAACACCUUCCCUCAAACUCAAUCAGAUUGUUAUGAUGCGGGUAAGGAAUUUGGGGAGCCUGAUAUUCUUCCGCGUAUAGGAGAUGAGUAUCAGGCCGAGCUUCCUCCAGUAAUUAGAAAGCCCAUUCACAUGCCCUACACUGAAACUGGACACCAUUCCCUCCAAGAUUUCUUCAUGGGGUUGCCAAUACCACUAAUUUGGAUUGAUCUUGGGAAAAGUGAUGACCCUCAAACUGUUCAAGGCUCCAGACAUCCAUCUCAUAAGAAUGUGUUUGAAAUGGGGACUUUGUGCAACGGUGAUAGUGAACCUUCACACAAUUCAGUGAAGGGGGAGGUAAAGAGUUUACCAGCUGUAGAGAAUAUACCAAUGUGCAUUGAUGAAGGUCAUCGUCUGGUUCCCGGAUUACCCAGUGAAAGAUGGAAUGAUGCUGAAAAAGCUAGUUUCCUCCUCGCGUUAUACUUGUUUGAGAAGAACUUUGUUGAAGUGAGGCGGUUCGUUGGAAGUAAAGGGAUGGGUGCAAUACUCUUGUUCUACUAUGGAGAAUUUUAUGGCUCUGAUGCAUACCAUAGAUGGUCAGAAGGUCAGAAGUCGAAGAGCAAGAAAUGCGUUUAUGGGCAGAGGAUAUUCUCCGGGUCGAGGCAGCAGGAAUUCUUGUCUAGGUUGCUCUCUAGAGUCUCUGAAGAAUGCAAAAGUGCUUUACUCGAGGUCUCUAGGACGUUUGCAGAAGACAAAAUAUCAUUGGUCGAGUAUGUCUCUACUCUGAAGGAUACAGUAGGGAUGGAUCUCAUCGUAAAAGCUGUUGCCAUUGGUUCGGGCAAGCAAGACCUCACAGGGAUGGCCUUGGAAUCUCUGAGGUCGAACCAUGUGACCCGGUCGGAGAUACCAUCAGGGAAAGCAUGCUCUGCGUUGACAACUGCUGAAAUCAGUAAAUUUUUGAGUGGAGAUUACAGAUUGAGCAAAGCUCGUUCCAACGACCUGUUCUGGGAGGCCGUUUGGCCACGUUUGCUUGCACGAGGCUGGCAUUCGGAGCAGCCCCAGAACCAGGGCUAUGCUGCUGGUUCGAAGUGUUUGGUUUUCCUUCUUCCCGGUGUUAAGAAGUUCUCGAGAAGGAAGCUGGUUAAGGGUGAUCACUACUUCGACUCAGUCACUGACGUGCUGAGCAAAGUUGCAAAAGAUCCCGGCCUGAUUGAGCUCGAAAGUGACGAAGCAAAUGGCAACCAGGACAUGAAGAAUGAUGAGCCAACUAAUGACGCGAAAAUGGUAGAAGACGAGAACCAUCUGCCUUCAAGGCAGCGGCAUUCAUAUCUUCAGCCUCGGACUCCCAAUCGCAGCGCGGAUGCCAUCAAAUUCACUGUAGUGGAUACUGGACUCCCAGUUGGCAAGAUAAGAGAGCUGAGGACCCUUCCUCAGGAAAUCCCGAGCAAUAUGAUCUCUGUCGAUGCUGCUGAAGAGAAAAAAAUGGCUGAAUCUGAUCCGAUGGAUAAAUCUGGACCGAAGAAGCAUGCUAGCAGAAAAAACCGCUAUGAUAAUGCCCCGAGCCAUGACAUUCAUCCCAAUGUUGGCAAACCAUCGGCCCCACCAAAGAGGAAGAAGGACUCGAACGGCAACCAGAAACCUCAAAAGGUAUCGAAACCCGUCCCAAGCCGGAAGCAGAAACAAGGCGAUGUCGAUAAUGUGGCUCCCAUCAGCAAACGUUGCAAGAAAUUAAGUAGCAACACUCACGAGGAACCAAGAGAUGGAGUGCUUCUCCACCCUCACUCGACCACCACCGUGCCUAGAUUUGAAAAAGGAGUGUCCUUCAGCUCCUCAGGCAUGCACGAGUCUAAUGGGACAACUCAAGUGAGCUCGUUGCAGGAUAAGUUGUCGCCUUCCAGAUCAUCGAGAGGUAGUCAGAAGGAGAGCACUGGAUACCCUGAACCCCAGUUGCUGAUUGAUCUGAACCUGCCUCAUGUACCCCCGGAAAUCGAGAACAACUACAUCGCUCCAAAUCUGCCAAACGAGCCUGAUAUUCAGCCGGUCCAGCUACAUAUCCUUGGUUUAGCAGCACCUUCACCUGUUGAGGCUAGUUCUGAGCAGCAAUCUGUUGCGAACACACGGAGGCUGAGCACAAGGUAUCGCCCCCCAACAACACGGGCGCUGGAGGCUGUAGCAGGUGGAUAUCUGAGUGUAAGCCGGAGGAGGAAGGGCAGGGACACGAGCUCACUCGAUGCACAACCACCAAGAUCUUCACAGCAACCCCGUUCUUGGCCUAGCCCAAGAGAAUCUCCCAGAAGUUCCAUGACUUUCCCUUCACAGAUCGCUGAAGCUCACAGAGGUGCAAGUACAAGUGGCAGUCCGAACACAUACAAGAAAAACUACGAUCCACCACAACCUAAUCAAGACAAACCAGCUCCCAGACAGCAGCAGCAGCAGCCUGAGCUCAUAAAUAAAAAAGGCAUUGUUUGAAAACAGUUCUACGACGAGGAUCUUGGCAGUUGAUGUCUCAAACACCCGAAACAGGAAAACGUGGUACAAAUUCUUGCUGCUUUCUUUAACAAAGAAGAUCAUUCUACAUGAAAUCUCAAGAGCUUCUGGUUCUUGAUGCUCAGUAAACUUAGUUAGGUUCGGUUCUUGACGAUCAGAGACAGUUCUUGCUGAUGAUACACAACAGAAACGAGUUCUUCAUGAGGCGAAUGAGGAUCAUUCAAGGAUAGUUUCAAUUUUAAUUUCUAUUUUUUUCUUCCUUAAUAUUGAUAAUACUGCUGUUAGCUAGAAAUCUGUUAUGAGAGUAUUCAUCAAAAAACUACAUUUUGUUGCAUAAUAGUAAUAAAUGAUUUUACUGUUAA